AUGGCGCCCACUAGGAACAAUCUCGGCCUCAGCGACGCCUCCGACGGAAGAAGCAGUAAGAAGGUCUUAGCAAAAGCUGCGGAACCGACGUGUGAGUGACUCGCCAGUCGACGGAAAUCUGUGACGUACAACACGACUUUGACGAGAGAUGUACCGUCUUUAGGCCUGCCGGAGAACGUGGCCUUGUCCUACCAGACUGUCCGAGCCCUCGAAGCUCGCGUGAAGGAGCUGGAAGAGAAGCAGAAGGAGCAAACGACAGCCCGAUGGGGCUACGUAGCCUUCGACUACGCCGACAUCCCGGCCCUGGCGAACGAGAUGUGGCUUUGCGUGGACUGCAUGAGAACGUACAAAUCGUACACGGAAGCAGUAGAUCACUUUCCAAAGUCACCGUCUGGGUACAGGAAGAAUCUUGCGCCUGAGUUGACUCGCGACAUCCAUCCCAGCGACGGAGUGCUGUACCACAGAUACAAAGGCAGAGUAGGUUGUCAUGGCUACCUCGACUUGAGUAAACUUCGCGUCCGUCGUCGCUGGUACACGUGCGAGUAG